AGACCCACGAAUACUGCGCGGGUCACGUGAUCAGGAAAAACAAACGCGCGGCGGUUAACCUAUCUCUGAAUGGUUGAAGAAGUUACGAUGUCGGCUCCGGUUUUGGAGUCUGAGUUCAAAUAAUGCAAAGUGGUUCUGUCCGAAAGCUGAACUCAGUGAAGCUGCAAGCCUUGCGAUGUGAGAGUGAACCCGGACAGCCGCGCAGAAACCUUCCCUACAGGGUGGGAUACACCUGGAACAAGGGAGGGAGACUCAACGAGCUGAGGAUAAGACACCUGGCAAGAAAAUUCCUGAAGAUAUGGAUGCAUAAAACAUUUGGCCAAAUCCUCCCCGAGCAAGCACGGUGCCACUACAGUAGAAGGGCCCUGAGAAGAACCUUUGAUAGGUGGAAGGAUGACUGGUGGACAUCCAGGAGAGAAUGGAGUCUGGCAAUGAGAGCAGAGUGCCACUACAGGUAUCACCUGCUUAAUUUGACUUUUUGUGGCUGGAGGGAUUUGACACCUUUUCAGAGGCAGAAGAAAACCAAAUGGCAGCACACCCAAUCAUUUGAUGUGCAAAUGUGCAAAGAAGAAGCUGAAAGAACCCAGAUUGCGUGUCAACAUUUCCGGCGUCGUUUACUGAUGUUGGCUAAGUACUGGAAACUUUGGAUGGAUCGACUGGAGGAAGCUGAAGAUCAAAGCUUUAAACCGAUAACCAACAAGGCGGUUAGCAACUACAGAAAAUCGGUGCUGAGGCACUUUUUUCACCACUGGAGGGAAGAAGUUGCUGAACAGAAUAAUAUGCAGGAAAUGGAGCAUCGGGCAGAUGUCUGGUUUGCAGCGCGUUGCUUACCUCGAUGUUUCAACUCCUGGGUGGAGUUCACUCUGCAGAGACAAAUUCAAAGACAGAGAAGAUUGAAAGCCGAAGCCUUUAAUCAACAGCGUCAGCUGCACUGGGUGUUUUCCACCUGGAGGGGACGGUCAGAGAAGCAGAAGGAGGAGAGUCUCUCUGAGCGGAUUGCGGUUCUUCAUGAGGAGCGAUGCUGCUUGCAGAGAGCAUGGAGACUGUGGAGACUACGUACACAUCAGAGGAUCAGAGACGUGGAGAAACAGGAGGCCUUACACUGUCAAAACAUUCACAGGCCUCUCCACAACACUCUGAUGCAGCGGAGGGACUACAGCUCUGAGAUCAAUGACAGGAGAACCAGAGAGCUGCAGGCUGGCCUUCAGGGGGAUUUGCACUGUGUGCGAAGAGCUCAUGAUGCCUCCACUACCAUGUUUCACCGUGUGAAUGGGUUGAAGCCUCAUAACUUGGAGUUAUAUGUCAUCAGGAGAGCCCUGAUAGUUUGGAGGGAGAGAGCAGAGCUGCUGGCUGAGGUUCGACUUGCAGAGCAACAGGCCAGGGAACGAUCCAUUCAACAGAAGAGUGUGGAACCUGCAAAGGCUUUUUAUGCCUGGAGAGGGGUUACAACAGGUGCAAUUCUGAAGCUUACCCAGCAGAGGGAGCUGCUUAGCUGGGCUCAGAUGAUGAGAAGUGAAGCGCAGCUGCUGUUGGUUUUCAGACAGUGGAGGAAACGAACCACAGAGGAGCGGCAGCAAAGGAUGAAACUGGAAAAAGCUAAAAGGCAUCACAGCUCCAAACUUCUCUCUAAAACCCUACAUGCAUGGAGCGCGCAUCACUGCCAGCACCAGAGAAAUAAGGUGAUGAAAAGACAAGGACUAUUGUUGCUGAAGUUAAAGAUGUACCAGAAGUUCUUUGAACAGUGGAAGACAAAGCUGCAGCACAGACGAAGGGAGAAUAACCAGACGGAACAAGCGCUCUGGCACUGGUCCCUCACCCUUCAGGCCAAGGUGUUGCAGGGAUGGAGGCUCUGGGUCACAGAACAGCGCAGCGAGCGGGAGCAUGCAGGCAAAAACGCACAGGUGUACAGGGACCAGUUGCUGAAGGAGGGUGUGACGUGCAUCCUCACCUAUGCUGCGCACAUGAACGACCUCACAGCUAGUCUGACGGAGCUCAGCCAAGAACAGAGAUCUCAGCGCCUGCAGAGAAUCGUGACGCGCUGUGCCGUUAGAUGGAAAGAGCAGGCGCUGCGCAAACCGCCAAAGGAGCAAGAAGUACGAGCGCAGCCGAUAAAGAAGAGUGUGACCUUCUGUUUGCCGGGCCUUGGCAGCAUUUCUACAUCUGACUCACCAAAGCAGGAAGAUAAAGCUUUUAGCUGCCAUAAAGCUGCGGUUUACUNAUCUCAAGAUCAACUUCUGCCUCCAUCAGCUUUCAUGACCUCCAGCACACAGAAAUCUUUGACUGGUUCAGGUCUCCUGGAGGCUCCCGUCGUCUCCCACCAUGAGUUUGUCUCUGCCUCUCAACAUGUCUCAUCAGAUUUGAAAGAUCUCAGUUCGAAGAAUCCUCCUGAUAAAGAUGCUGCAGCUCUGAUGAGGGAGCUUCUAAGCAUUCAGACCAACAUGGAACAAUUCCAGCAGAGCAGAAAGCAGCUUCGGGCAUGGCGGAAGCUGAGGGACGUGUUGGAUAGUUGGCUGCAGACGAGUGCAGAGGAUGAACAAGUGGAAAAAAGGGCAGUUUGUGAGGAGCUGCAGGAGCUGGAGAAGCACAUACAGGAAUUGUCAACUGAGCUGGACAAACAGAAACCAACAAUCUUGCUGCACGUGGAGAGAAUCCAAUAUUUGCAGUCUGUCCUCCACAGCUCGGGAAUUUACCCUCUGCAUUAAAAGCCAAAAGACAUCACCUCAUGACACAAGAUUUAUAUAACCAUUCUGCUCAGUGUUUUCACUGAUUUUCCUUAUAUAAAAACCACAGGUGCUGAGCUGAAUAUGUUUAGCUGAUCCACAUUUUGUUCAUGUUUUAUAAUUUCUUAAAAGAAAUGGUUGUUUGUGGAUGUUAAGAAGUUCUUUCUUGGCAAUUAUAUUAAAAAUAAAGUAAAGCUGC